CUACAGUUUCUGCAGCUCAGUGCCAACUUCUAUUCAUGUAAGGGGUCAGUGUUUAGAGUAUUUGUCUUAAUUUCAACUUUAAAUGUUUCACUGCAAGAAAUGAAGGAGAACUUUCAUACGCAUCUUUUCUGCUGAAGGAGAAGGUUAUAUUAUUUUAGAGGAGAAGCAACCUGUACUUUGAUUGUAAUUUGAUUUACCAUGACUUCUUGGAUGCCGAACAGAAAAGGUGGUGUUCAGUACUGUAGACACUUCUUAGCAGACAACAGUGUGUUCCAUGUGGAAAGAUGCAUGAGUGUAAUGCAGUCAGGGACCCAAAUGGUUAAGCUAAAAAGUGGAAGCAGAGGCUUGGUUCGACUUUUCUACCUGGACGAACACCGGACCUGCAUUAGAUGGCGCCCAUCAAGGAAAAACGAGAAGGCAAAAAUUACCAUUGAUUCCAUUUGUAAAGUUUUAGAAGGGACCCAGUCAACUAACUUUCAUCGGUAUGCUGAAGGGAGCUUUGACCCAAGCUGCUGCUUCAGUGUUUACCAUGGCAAUCACAUGGUGACGUUGGACUUGGUGACUUCUAACUGUGAGGAUGCACGCACUUGGAUAACUGGAUUAAAAUACCUAAUGGCUGGAAUCAAGGAUGAAGCUUCACUUACUAAAAGACAGAGAAUUCACGACCAAUAUCCUUUGCAGAUCUUUGAAGAAGCUGACAAGAAUGGAGAUGGUUUGCUGUGCAUUGAGGACAUCUAUCAACUGAUGCAUAAACUAAAUGUGAAUCUACCUCGCAGGAAAAUCAGACAGAUGUUUCAGGAAGCUGACACAGAUGAAAAUCAGGGCUCAUUAAAUCUUGAAGAGUUCUCUGUGUUUUAUCAGAUGGUGUCUUUGCGACGGGAUCUCUUCCUACUUGUGAAGUUUUACAGUGACAGGAAAGACUAUCUAACUGUGGAAGAACUUACUCAGUUUCUCAAAUCAGAACAAAAAAUGACAAAUGUGACAUUAGAAUUUUGUGUGGAUAUUAUAAAGAAGUUUGAAGUCUCUGAGGAAAACAAGAAACAAAAUGUCUUAGGUGUCGAAGGUUUUACUAACCUCAUGCGCAGUCCUGCAUGUGAUAUAUUUAACCCUUUGCACUAUGAAGUUAAUCAGGAUAUGGAUCAACCAUUGUGCAACUACUUUAUUGCUUCAUCGCACAACACGUACUUGACAGGGGAUCAACUCCUUUCCCAGUCCAAUGUGGAUAUGUAUUCCUGGGUGCUGCAGGCUGGGUGUCGCUGCGUUGAAGUUGACUGCUGGGAUGGCCCAGAGGGAGAACCAAUUGUACAGCAUGGUUAUACAUUCACUUCCAAGGUCCCCUUCCGAGAUGUUGUUGAAACCAUUAGCAAAUGUGCUUUCAUCAAAAAUGAGUAUCCUGUAAUUCUGUCCAUUGAGAACCACUGCAGCAUUCAGCAGCAACAGAAGAUCACCCAAUAUUUAAAAGACAUCCUUGGUGACAAACUCGACUUGUCCUCUGUUGGCAUUCACGACAAAGACCAAUUUCCAUCUCCGAAGCAUCUGAAGGGAAAAAUUCUUAUAAAGGGGAAGAAACUGCCUCCUGAUCUUAGGACUGAUGCAGAAGAAGGAGAUGUUUCCGAUGAAGAUAGUGCUGAUGAAAUUGAAGAAGAAUGCAAAUUAAAACAAAUCAAUGGUAACAGUGCAAACUAUCAUCAAGUGGAAUGUUUUAUCAGGAAAAAGCUGGAUUUCUUGCUGAAAGAUUCUCAGAUCCAGGAUAAAGAAGAUCCAAACAGCUACACCGUCUGUGCACUUCUAAGAACAACACAUAAAGGCCUAAAUGUCAAGCUACAGCAGAAAUUAGAGGUUGAAGGAAACGUUAAAGAAAGGGAAAACAAAGCACAUAACCGUUCAUUUAUCAGUAGCUUUUCCAAACGUAAGAAAAGUGGAAAACUCAAAGCAAAAUUGUACAACAUAAGUGAUGAGGAUCAGCAGGAUUCUACAGGAAAAGAAACUGGGCAGGCUCACAGGCUGGGUCACCGCAGAAGAACAGUGAAACUCUACCGUGGUCUUUCUGAUUUGGUUAUAUAUACCACCUCUGUCACUUCUCUGGAUCUUGAAGGGAAAGGUCCAGCUGGGAAAGUUUUGUCUUUAAGUGAGACUCAAGCCAACCAACUUUUACAUCAAAAGCCUGAGUACCUCAUCCAUUUUAACCAAAAACAACUCACCCACAUCUACCCAUCUGCCUACAGAAUAGACUCAAGCAAUUUUAACCCACAAGAGUAUUGGAACAUUGGCUGUCAGAUGGUGGCAUUAAAUUACCAGUCUGAUGGCCGAAUGAUGCAGCUAAACAGAGCACUAUUUAUGCUAAAUGGAAAUUGUGGGUAUGUUCUAAAACCUCAGUCGAUGUGCCAAGGUGUUUUCAAACCGUUUUCUGAAGAUCCUCUACAUGGCCAUCUAAAAAAGCAGCUAACCCUGAAAAUAAUCAGUGGGCAACAUUUACCAAAGCCACCUCAUGUUAUGUUUGGAGACAGAGGAGAGAUAAUUGAUCCCUUCGUUGAAGUGGAAAUCAUUGGUUUACCAAUAGAUUGCUGCAAGGAACAUACCAGAGUGGUGGAUGGUAAUGGGUUUAAUCCUGUCUGGGAGGAAACUAUAACUUUUACAAUCCACAUGCCUGAACUAGCCUUGAUUCGCUUUCUAGUCUGGGAUCAUGAUCCCAUUGGUCGAGACUUUGUUGGUCAAAGAACUGUGCCUUUUAGUGCGCUAAUGCCUGGAUAUAGGCAUGUUUACCUAGAGGGCACAGCAGAAGCUUCACUAUUCGUGCAUGUGAUGAUUCAUGACAUUCAUGGAAAGAUGCAGCAACUAAUGGGACUCAAAGGUCUUUUUAACAAGAAUACCGAGUAUGCCUCUGUAAACAGAAACCGUGGCAACUUUAUACAAAAGAAAUCUUUUGGGAAUCGAGUUCUACGCCGCACUGCCAGUGCACCUACAAAGGAAAGCAAAAAGGGCAAAAGUGUGCUCUUGGAAAUGUGCACUGAAUUGAGGCAACAGGAAUCCAAGUCCCUUGAUAGCAGGAAGCAUGAAACACAGAGCAAGCAUGGAACAAAGAAACUCCAAACCCGGCCUUCUUCCAUGCCAGUUGAUAAAUUGCUUUAUGGAGAAGUAACACCACUUACUGCUGAAUGGCAACGUAACUCUGAAACAAAAACAACUUCAAAUAAAAAAUGUUACGAAGAUAAUCAUGUGAAAUCAUCAUUGGUUUCAUCUCACAGUAUUCCAUUAACAAGUGCCAAUGAAUUUUAUGGAUCUCAGUCACAAGACUUAAUGGGGAAUAUUUCUGAAGUGUUGUCUGUAAACACUGAACAUUUUUCAUCUAAUGUUCAAACAUCUAAGUGUGGUUCCUUUGAACCUCUUCCCUUCAAAGAACAAUACCAUACGUCUGUUGAACUUGAUGGGACAUGUAAUAAAGGACAAUUACACAAAAAGGAAUGGUGCCAAUUUGAAAAUAAUCAGUUUGUGUGUCAGCUGACCAAAGAUAAUCUGAAACAAGAACAAAAUGUUACUGGGCCACAACAGGACCCAAAUAUACAAAGUGAUAUAGCUGCUCAAGGCAAUGCAAAGCUUUCGGAAGGUGAAGAAAAUGUUGAAAAAUUAGAUUCUAACAAUGACGAGCUUUAUAUCACAAUGUCUCCUAUUGGUUCACCAGUUCCUAUUAACAAUUUUGAUGCUUCACCAUCAUUAAAUCUGACUCCUGGCAGCACAGUCUCUCAUUUGAUUGAUGCAAUGACCUUGUCGAAUGAAAGUAGAGUAGGCAGUUCUAUUUCAGCAUUCAUUUCACAGUUUGAAACGACACCUGACAGAACAAAUCUGACUAUGGUUUCAAAUUUUCAAGGAGCUAACCAUGAAACUUUAAGCAUGAUGCCUGGACUGUCAAAUACUCAUGGCUUAGAAGUGAAUGCAGCUAUAGAUCCACGAUAUCGGAAUGCUAGAACAAAGAAAUCAUGUUUGGAUACCACAGCAGAUACUACAAUCUUCUCCAGCCCUGAAACAUCAGACCAUUCUACUUAUGCUAUAAUUGGUGAGGAUGUCCUCUCACGAGUUUCUUUGCAUAACACUGCAAGUGAAAAUGCAUUUGACAGAACUUUGGAGGUAACACGAGAUAAACAUGUAGAUCCUCUGGGUAUCCAUACAAAUAUCUUUGUAAAUUCAAGUGUAUCCAGUAUCUAUGAUGAAACCCAGAGCCGAACGGAAGCAUAUCGUAUAUGUGAUCUUACAACUAGCAUAUGUACAGCAACUGAUGAUACAAUUCUUAAUGUGUCUCUCCCAAUUGAUUCUGUUGGCAGUAGUUUAAUAGAAUUGGAUGAAUUUGAGUCUACAGUGACAGCUACAAAAAACUGCAGUGAAGACACGGGCCCAGAAAAUUCUCUAUCAACUCGUAAUUUUUAUCAAUCGGGUUUCAUGAAUGAGAAAAAUGUAAGCAACUGCUUGAUUUUGGAGCACCUACUGGCUUCACAUGAAAAAGCAUUGAGUACUUCAAACACAAAUAAUUAUAAUCCAUGUUCCACUCCAUGUAGAACCUCAACAAACAUCGAUCCUUUCAGCACAGUCUAUCAACCAAGUGCAUGUAAAUCCAAAAGUCUUGGAGAUCUGACUUCUGAGGAUAUAAGCUGCACCUUUGAAAGCAAAUACAAAUUCAUUAGCAAAAGUUUUUUUGUGCCACCAUCAAAAAAUCAUCAAAUAAUAUCUUCCCAUGAAAACGUGCCACAGCCUGCAGAUGCAUUAACAGAGCAAUUACGCAAACUUGUAACCUUAGAACAGGAGGAAAAUCAAGAAACCCUAGUUUCCAGCAUACAGCCAGAAUCAGGUGACCAAAGGGGACUAUUAAGGAAACUCUCAUCCAGAAGCCAGAGCAGAGUCCGUUAUGUUGCUAACAGGGCAAAGCAAAUUCAGGAAGCCAACAAGCAUAGAUUUUCUGGUGGUGUGGUUUUAAGAAAUAAACCCCCAGUACAGCACCAUAUAGUUAACAGGCAUUCCACAGGCUCCUACAUUGCAGGAUACAUGAACCAACUUCAAGAGGAAGGAUUGGAAAGCCGGGGUAUUCCUGAAGGAUCUUGUAACACACUACAUCAUAGAUACCUUGAUAACUUUUACACUGACAACUCGAUCUUGCAAACUGAACCGAGCUCUGUCAGUGAGCCAGAAAUUUACUUUUUGCUCCGACUGUGAUUUAGCUUUUAAAACAAGGCAUUUGCAAUUUUUGAUAAUAGCUCUGUCAUUGAAAUAUUAUUUUGGAAUACGUUUUUGUUGUAUAUUUCCUUACCUGUUUAUAAAAAUAAGAGUUGUCAUCUUCUGAAAAGUAUAUCUUUGAUUUGGACUUGUUUUGCACAAAGAAUAGCAAAAUUUAAAUGCAUAAAAUCCUUUGUUAGAGUCUGUAAAUGAAAUACAUCAAUUGUUAUAGAUAUAUACACCAAUUGCACCAAUGUUUAGUGAUGAUGUGUUACGAUGUUUGAUGGGAAAAACAUCCACUUUUGUACCCAUGAUUUCUCUCAU